GCUGUUUUAGUUGCCACAUUUCAACAGACCUGAUAAACUUAGCAAGUUUACACAGGAUCAGUUCACAUUAUUACAUGUUGUCUCCCAACAGAACUGCACAAGGUGCCUCACAGAUACUGUCUCAAUAUGUCUGAAGACAAUGUAUCAACAUCAUCACCGUCAUCAUCAUCAUCACCAUCAUCAUCGCCCAGCAACACACAUCAUGGACUUGUGAUUUCAGAUUCUUGGACCGGAUUUAAACUGGAUAUGUUUACAUUGCCCAACCAUUAUUGUGAAGAUUUGGAUUGUGUUUUCAUACCCCAUGGUGUAAUAGUAGACAGGAUAGAGCGCUUGGCCAGCGACAUAAUGAAGGACAUUGGGGAUAAUCACAUCACCGUCCUGUGCGUUCUCAAAGGAGGCUACAAGUUCUGCGCGGACCUUGUUGAACACAUUAAGAACCUCAGUCGGAAUUCCGAAAGAUUCAUCUCCAUGAGGGUUGACUUCAUCAGGCUCAGAAGUUAUUGUAAUGACAAGUCGACCGAUGAGAUUGAAAUCAUUGGAGGAGAGGAGCUGUUAAAGUUGACUGGAAAGAAUGUGCUGAUCGUAGAGGAUGUUGUCGGAACCGGGCAGACGAUGAAGGCUCUGCUUAGUCAUAUUGAGAAGUAUGAACCAAAGAUGGUGAAAGUAGCGAGUUUGCUUGUCAAGAGAACGGGAAACAAUAACUACAGACCGGACUAUACUGGAUUCCAAAUUCCUGACAUAUUUGUGGUUGGCUAUGCUUUAGACUACAAUGAACACUUUAGAGACCUUCAUCAUAUAUGUGUCAUCAAUGAUAACGGCAAAGAAAAAUAUAAGGUGUGAGACAUCUUCUACCUGGUGGAUUUUAACAGAAACAGAAAACGCUGCCGUACGCAGAAGAAUGGAAAGGCCUUGACACGGACUACUUUUGCAAAUGAUUUUUUAUCACAGAGAAGAUUUGAUACUACAAUAAAAUAUUUACUUUAAAUGAG